AUGGACCUUGAUGAUGUCAGAUGUCGUGGAUCUCCAAAGUCAAGCUUCUUACUCCUCAAAUAUCACUGGAGUAUACGUCGGAUCUCCUGUGUUGGAAGCAAAGAAUUCCGCUACACGAUGCAAAGCAACAAACCGAAUAUCACUAGUUCUCGCAAAUCCCGCCAGAAGCGGUGGGCGCCCAAGACCAGGGCGGGCUGUCUCACUUGCAGGAUUAGGAAAAUCAAAUGUGACGAGGCCAAGCCCAGCUGCCAGAAAUGCCUUUCGACGGGUCGAAAAUGUGAUGGCUAUCAAGAAGCGGUUCAGGUGAAGCCGGCGGAUCCCUCGCCACAUCUGGCACUUUCGGCCUGGGAUCUGCUUUCUCAGAAUCCCGACGAGAAGAAGAAUUUCGCGUUCUUCUGCUCCGUCACCACCGGUCACCUGGCUGGAUCAUUUGACCUGGAUUUCUGGUCUCGUCAGCUACUACAAAUCUCUCAUCAGUACCCAACACUCUGGCAUGGGGUAAUAGCCCUCGCAUGUAUUCACCGAGAGUUCAUCACGGAGAGUGCUCCUCCAACUCUACCGAGGGUUGGGGAAAGCCUGAAACUUAGCUUCGCACUUCAGCAAUUCAAUAAAUCCAUCCAAUCCCUGACGCAGAUCAUUUCCCAAAAGUGGUUGAGCAAUUUCGACAAACAGGUGGUAUUGAUCACGUCGAUUUUAUACACUUGUUUAUGUAUCCUGCAAGGUCGACAGCUGCAAGCGUUCAUGCACUUGAGAAAUGGGCUCCGGCUUUUCCACCAGUGGAAGGCAGGGGUCAAGUUUCUGGAUUCCUCAGAUGACAGUAGCUCCACUGACAAUAUGUUUCUUCUAAUAUUCACCAGGCUCGAUACGCAACUGCGCCCAUAUCUGGCCUCACAACCCGCUGUUCUGCCCUGGACGGAGCAUAACCAAGUCAUACCUGCUUCGACGACGGACGCCCCAUUUGCAUCCAUCUUUGACGCCUAUGCGUUAUUGGAGCAGCUCUUCAACAGCGUGAUUCAAGUCGUUCUGAAUCAGAAUCUAUUAUCUUCCGCCAUAUCCCACCAGAAGCAAAGAUACUCGCUGCUGUUCCAAAAAUGGGACGCACGGCUUUCAAGGCUGUUCUCCAGGAAUCCAGAAUACAGACAAGACAAAGCUCUGGAUCUCAUUCGCUCCCGGCGCCUUUUUGCCCAUAUUUUUCUCAGUCUAGAUAUAAGUCAAGGCGAACUAGCGCACGACGUUCUGCUGGAUGACUAUUCUGAGCUCGUCGAAACGGCUAGUCGUAUACUGGAAAACUCUCCUGCGACCUCAGUGCCGUCACACCACCCAACAUUCAGUCUCGAAACUGCCGUUGUCGAGGCUCUGUAUUGGACAGGGGUCCACUGUCGAGAACCGAAUAUUCGACGCCGCGCGUUACGGCUGCUGCACCAGUACCCGCGCCGCGAAGGAAUUUGCGAGGGGAUGUUAGCCGCGAAAAUGGUCGAGAAUGCCAUGAGACUUGAGGAGACGGCCUGCUCUGAACCUUCCCCGGCGAGCCCCUGUACUCAUGGACAAUGGGUCUGCGAGAAGCACCGCGUCAGUGCCUGGGAAUAUAUAUUGAUUACGGACCGGCAGAUACGCAUUGUGAUGAGAACCGUCGAAGAUGUAGCAUUGGCAAGACCAGGAACGGAUUUUGUGGCCUUGUGGUGGUAG